GCAUAACUUUGGUUUGGAGCUAGCGACUUUUAUAAACGUAGCUGGGUGUAUUAGACCCACUUAUAGUAAUUGCGUGAUUUUUACAUAAUUAUUAUGUUUAAGGUGUUAACGCCAGAGUGUUACCUAUAUCAGUUUGUAAACAAAGGAAAUUCUAUCCCUCGGGAAAAAUUACUAAAACAAUUAGCACAAAGCUUUUACAUUACACAGACGAAGAGAAGAAUAUGUAACUCCAAUGUGUCCCGACAGAGUCAAACUAUUGCGGCAGAUAUUCUUGACACUAUUUUUUUAAGUAUUUCUGAGCCUCCUCGUGCCAAUGAAAAUCGAAAAAGAAAGCGAUGUCAUCUCUGUCCUGCCAAGAAAGACAGAAAAACGAGCUAUGUUUGCGCAGAGUGUAAAAUACCUCUAUGUCUAUGUUUACAAUGUUGUGUUCAAGUAUGCAAGAAAUGCAAAGAAAAACUUCAAUUUGUGUUUAAACCAUUUGUGUUACUUCACUUUGUAACCUUAGUUUAUAAAUAA